AUGCAAGCCACUUGGGAAGGUGACGACUCAAAUGGCUUCGAAAGUGAUAAUGAAAAGGCAAUCCUUUGCCUCAUGGCAAAUAGGGAUGAGGAUGGUUUCAAAAUCUCCACAUCUUCCAAGGACAAAUGGUUUCUAGAUAGCGGAUGUUUAAGACACAUGACGGGUGACCGCACAAAAUUCUCCUCUCUAAAAGCAUACAAAGGAGGAAGCAUAACAUUUGGAAACUACUCUAAAGGCAAGGAUAAUCUAGGAAAGUUUGAUGCUAAAUCCGAUGAAAGCAUUUUUCUUGGAUAUUCCUCUAGAAGUAAAGCAUAUAGAGUUUACGAUAAGAGGACCUUAGUUGUGGUUGAAUCCAUACAUGUUGUGUUUGAUGAAUCCCCAACCUCUCCCCCAAAAAGUGUGAUGGACAAUGAUGAAGAAGUUAAACUUGAAAAGGGUACCAAUGAACUUAAUACAAAUAGGUCCCUUAUAGAGAUUGAGAAAAGUAUCAAUGACCUCAACAUAAAUGAGUCUCCUAUUGAUAUCUAUCAAAGUUCCAAUUCAAAUGAUGAUACCUCUCAAAAUAUAACUACUUCAAAUCAAUGGAAGUUAGUUCAUAAUCAUCCCAUUGACCGAGUUAUUGGUGAUCCAUCCAAAGGUGUUAGUACACAGUCACAAUUAAGAAAUUUAUGCAAUUUUGUGGCAUUCGUUUCUCAAUUUGAACCUAAAAAUAUUUAUGAGACUGAAAAUGAUGAAUCUUGGCUCUUGGAUGAGUUGGGAACUAUUGUUAGGAACAAGGCUAGACUUGUUGCAAAAGGCUAUAACCAAGAAGAAGGAUUUACGGAUGCGGAUUUUGCCGGUUGUAAAGUUGAUAGAAAAAGUACAAGCGGUGCUUGUCACCUUAUAGGACAGUCCCUUAUAUCUUGGUCAUGCAAGAAACAAAAUUUAGUCACAUUAUCCACUGCUGAAGCUGAAUAUAUUGCUGCUGGUAGCUGUUGUGCACAAAUCCUAUAUAUCAAACAACAGCUUGAAGACUUUGGGUUGUUCUUCAACAAAAUCCCUAUCAGAUGUGAUAAUACCAGUGCUAUUUGCAUAUCAAAGAAUCCCAUUCAGCAUUCCAAAACAAAGCAUAUAGAGAUUCGAUAUCAUUUCUUAAGGGAUCAUGUAUCUAAAGGUGAUAUUGAAUUAAUGUUCAUCAACACCGAGAAUCAAUUGGCUGACAUUCUCACGAAACCACUUCAAGAAGAUAGGUUUUGCACACUUCGAAGAGAAAUCGGAAUGGCUAUAGAAAGAGAGAUUCAUGAUCACUAA